GUCCAACCUAAGGAGCCCUUUACCGUCGCGAACCAGCUCCAGCGAACCUUUCUCAACUCAUGGAUCAACAUCCUCCUCGUCGCUGCCCCCGUCGGUAUCGCCCUCAACUACAUCCACAGCGUCAACCGCAUCGCCGUCUUCGUCGUCAACUUUAUCGCUAUUGUCCCCCUUGCCGCUAUCCUCAGCUUCGCUACCGAAGAGAUUGCUCUGCGAACCGGUGAGGUUCUGGGUGGUCUGAUCAAUGCCACAUUUGGCAACGCCGUCGAGCUCAUCGUUGCUAUCCUCGCGCUUGUGGAUGGAAAGGUCAUCAUUGUCCAAACCUCGCUCGUCGGCUCCAUCCUCUCGAACCUGCUGCUUGUCAUGGGCUUCUGCUUCUUCUUUGGUGGUUUGAGAAGACAACAGCAAUACUUCAACGUGACGGUGGCCCAGACAGCGGCUUCGCUGCUUGCCCUCGCUGUCGCGUCUGUCAUUGUCCCUACCGUCUUUGACUGGGCCAGCGAGACCCCCGUGAAGGCCGUUGCUGAUCUCUCCCGCGGCACUGCCGUCAUUCUGCUUAUUGUCUACGGCGCCUAUCUCAUCUUCCAGCUCAAGACGCACCAGAGUGUUUUUGCUGAGGAGAGCCAAAAGGUUGCUGCGAAGCCCUGGUCUCGCAGCGGUCCUGCCUCAAGCGGUAUCCGUCAGGGGCUUAUGGUCCCCGGCGCCUUGGUCGGUGGCGGCAUGGCUGGUCGCGAUGAGAAUGAGCGCCUGACCGAGAUGAUCAUGAAUCCUGAGAGACUGGAGGAGGAAGACGAGGAAGAGGAGCCGCAAUUGCACUUCUGGGUCGCUGUGGGUACGCUUACCUUUGCUACCGUCCUGAUCGCCCUGUGCGCUGAAUUCAUGGUGGACUCGAUCGACGCCGUGACAAAGGAUGGCGGUGUCUCGGAGGAGUUUGUCGGUCUGAUCCUUCUUCCCAUUGUUGGAAACGCUGCCGAGCACGCCACGGCCGUGACGGUGGCCAUCAAGGACAAGAUGGACUUGGCUAUUGGUGUUGCUGUUGGUUCGAGCAUGCAAGUUGCCCUGUUCCUGAUCCCACUGUUGGUCAUCAUUGGAUGGGGCAUGGGUGAGGAGAGCAUGAACCUCAGCUUUGACCUGUUCCAGGUCGCUGUCAUGUUUGUGGCUGUGCUACUCACCAACUAUCUCAUUGCCGAUGGCAAGAGUCAUUGGUUAGAGGGUUGGUUGUUGAUCUGCCUUUACGCCAUUAUCGCAACUUGUUCAUGG